AUGGAAAUAGAGGUGGCAAGUGGCGGCGGAGGCGAUGGAGGUGCAAAUUCUAGCAGCACUGGUGAUGAUAUUGAGAAGGGACUAGGGCGGAGCUUACUUGGUUUGGGAAGAUUUAACGGUGCCAAGAAAUUGCUACAUGGACUCAACGGUUAUGCUGAGCCUGGAAGAAUCAUGGCUGUUAUGGGUCCUUCUGGCUCUGGCAAAUCCACUCUUCUUGAUUCUUUAGCAGCGGCGGAGGAAAUGGAGGAAUCGGCGGAGGAGGCAACAACGGCGGCGGCGGAGGUGGAGAUGAGAAUGGAAAUAAUUGGAAUGAUGAUAGUAACAAGAAAAAGAAUAGAGAUGAAGCUCUAA